UCCACUUUCCUUUCCUUGCAAUUUAAGCCUUUUGCCAAUAUAUAACCCAAAACCCACCCCUAAACUCUAACCUCUCCCCACAAAAAAAAAAAAAAAUGAGCUCAGUUUGCAUAUCAAACUGUGUCAACGAUGCACGAGAUCCGCGCGUGCCAGUCCGUGCCACCUACGUGAACCUCUACAAAUGGCCGGAAUCAGACGCAGAGUUCAUAAAGUCCGUCCACCGUGUAGCUCAAGGUUUCCAAGGUCAACCUAGGGUGGUGGACAGCAUCUCUUGCAGGCAGAUGUAUCUUAGGAGCUACACAUUUUCAAGGAAAGAGAGUGUGCCGGAGAAGACGAAAAAGUGCAUUGGGAGAGUGAAAGAGAAGGUGGCUAAUCAUGGUAAGAAGAAAAAGGAUCAAAAGGGUAGGAAAAGGAAGUGUUUGGUGUUCAGGAAAGUGAAAGAAUUUUCUUGCAGUGCUUUGUUUAGGAUCUUUCACAGGUUGUUGUCUUGUGGUGCUAGCGUAGAUGUGGUUGAUCAAAAGGAUUCACAUUAGUUUCUCAGAUUUCAGUUCUGUUCUUGUUUAUUUACACUAUCAAAGGCAUGUUUUAAUUUAAUUUGUUUUUGUUUUUUUUUUUUUUUUUUGUGUUUUUAUAUAUAAAUAUGUGAUGAAUUGAAUUUAUUGGGGUAAGGGAGAAGUAGAAGAAUGAUGGGUUGUUUAUAUAUUUGCAUAUUUUGGAUGAAAAUAAAAUAUUCUGUAAUUUUGAACUUAUUUUCUGCUUGAUAAUGACAGUAACAGUAAUGUUAUCAUAUCUCAUGAUUACCAUAUAU